AUGAGCAGCCACACCAAAGCCCAACUUGGCAAAGAGGCGAUCCGGUUUGCGCUCAACGGCCAAUGGGAACAAGCGGUAGCGGCAAACCAGCAGAUCCUGGAUAUAAGUCCAACUGACUGUGAGGCGUCCAAUCGCUUGGCCAAAGCCCAGAUGGAACUGGGCAACUAUUCCGAGGCCCGCCGCACCCUCGAAGAGUUGCGCCUGCACUCACCCGCGAAUGUCAUCGGGCGGAAAAAUCUCGCGCGACUUGAUCGGCUCCAAAAUCGCUCCGAAGAGGCGUCGUCACUACCCGCGGUAACCGGCAGAUCGCCUCGCAUGUUCAUCGCUGAGAGUGGAAAGUCGUGUUCCACUACUCUGUGCAAACAGACCGGUCUGUCGGACACCCUCCCUGUCAGCGCGGGUGACGUGGUUUUGUUGACCGCAAAGGAUGACGGCGUAACCGUCAAUACCUUGGACGGCGCUUACUUGGGGACGUUGCAACGUCGAUUGGGCCGACGCUUGAACCGCCUUAUGUCCGGAGGCAACCGGUACGAAGCAGCCGUAGUCGGGCUGGAAGAGGCCGGAUUGUCAGUCAUUUUGCGCGAAACGGGUCAGGCUCCCGCUUUGCGUCAUGUCGUCUCCUUCCCGUCGCAAACCAGCGAGUCACACCAACUAAGUCCAAUAGCGGAGCCUGACCAAAUCGUGCCCUCACCGGACGAGGAAUCAGACCAAGUUCCCUCGGACGCAAUUGACGCCGAUGACAUCUCAGAUUCCGUCGAGAACGCAGUCUUGAACAUGCACGACGACACUUCCGUAGAAUCGGUGGGCAUGGACGAUGUUCCAACUUUGGACACCGACGAAGAUGUGACCGCCUGGUCGCCCGCAACCCCGCCCUCAGCAGACGAAGAGGAGUGGGACUAG